AUGGAUGUCAGAGGACUUUGUGCAAAGUCUAGCUUAAUAAACAUACCAUUUAGCCUAAAGUAAAACCACAAUGGAGAGAAACAACCCCUCAUUAGAAUGAACAAAGGUAUUUGUCCCACACAAAAAAUAGAUAGUGUUUGAAUGGCCAACCAGUGCUACCAAAUACCCGGAUGUUCCUGCUGUUCCAUKGUAGCCAUGGAAACCCUUCAAAACAACAACAUUCGUUUUCCAGUGUAGAAAACGAAYGUUAUCUACGGGUUUCCAAAUACUUUCUCAACGUAAGUGUUGAUAUACGAAGAGAAACACGAUGGAUGAGAGGCCUUCAUCAAACCUAAGCUUGAGAGCAUCUGAAAUCGUGAAAAAUGUACUGGAGAACGCACGCGGUGCCCUCGGCCACCAGCAAGAGGUGGAAGACUCCACCGAAUACGAGUUUARAAACAUCGAAUGGAUCWCUUGCAAGGACUUUACAAUUGAACUGGGGAAACUGCGAAUCGAGGAGUACAUCCACACAUGGGAGGUGCACWCCAGCUGGCUUUUUAGCCUAGUAUUCCUCCAGGAGACGGAUCAUGAGUUUCACAAACAGUACCACUACCGGGCACAAUGGAGCAUCCCCACCCGACGCACCCCGAUCCCCAAGGCGACUGCCAGUGUCUACUUUGUCAUUGUGAUUUCCAAGAUCAAACCUCAGACUUUGCCCGUGGAGGUGUACUUUGUAGUGGAGUCGAACAGGCUGACACACAGGCCAGGGCAAACGAGGUUCAGGGAGAAGUGGUUGAAAGACGUCAUCGAGAGYAAGACGYURCUCCAGAAUACUGUAGACUUUUAGCAAUGUAAACAUUGGAAUGGACAGYUAACGUUUCUGUGACGAAUAUUAAWAUCUUAUGAGACACCUAACGUCACCUAGCGAGCACAUAUCCAGGCCAAAUGGGGAACACACGAGUCAGUACAUGGGCUUGUAUCAAUAAAGGGACCACUGCCUUCACUGUGAAGAGUUGGAAAAAAACAUAGCUGCAUAUCAGCGAAGAUAUUUGUUUUACAACAACUCGGUCGUUUUUUGCUAGCUAGYUUAGCUUGCUAACUARCGAUACAACACAGCAGCUAGUACCUAACGUUAAUUUAUUUUACGCUGGGUUAGCUAACUAGCAAAGCAGCAUCAGCUCGCUAAUCAUCAUUGAGUUUACGACAGCCCAUUUCAAAUGGUGUUUUGUAAACUAUGAUUAAAACCUAGACAAAUGUAACAUUUCAUCCAAGGA